GGGAGGAAGAGAAGGAGAGAGAGAGCAGGGGUCCUCAGCUCAGGGUGAAAAGAACCAGGUGGAGAAGAGAAAAGGGUCUUUGCAGCGAGAGGUCAAAGCGAAGCGGAAGGGUCAGGAAGGAGAUCGGACGUCUAGACGGUUAAAUUGCUGUGGGCUGAAGGAGAGCGAGCGCCGGGGGGCCGAGCGGGCGGCGGGCCCAGGCGACUGUGGGCGGGGAGAGAGAGAGAGAGAGAGGGAAGGGAGAGGAAGUGUGGUCGACAGGAGAGGAAUUUAAAAGUCCCAUUGUUCUGCCGAGGAGCCGAGGAGACGACAUGGACGCGAGCUCAGCCGCGGCGAAGAUGUCUGUGCAGCAGAGUGGAGGAGGUGGAGGAGGCGGAGCAGCAGCAGCAGCAGCGUGUCUCACAUGCAAAGAGAGCUGCUCUGGAUUUCAGCCACAUUCUUGGAGGAAGGCCUGUACGGCCUGCGGCUGCGGCGCGGUCGACCACGCUCUGGGAGGGGACCCCGAGGACGACCAGCGCAUGGGCCGCCUGCUGGCCGACUCGCCCUGCUCACACCUGACGGCCAAGGUCAAGGGGGGCGGCGGCCUCCGCACGUACAAGAGGAACCGGAUGAUUGUGACCAAUCCGGUGGUGUCGCGCAAAGACCCGACGUUCAGCACCACGACGUACGACUGGGCGCCGGCCGGCUUCAACCAGAAGCUGGCCCUGCAGUACAUGGAGCUCAUCCCGGAGAGUCGGCGUCCCGUCUCGGGGACGGAUGGGGCGUUGGAGCGACGCAGGCAGCUCCUCGGCCAGCUCCCCGCCUACGACCAGGACCCCAUGAAGUGUCAGAGCCUGGCCAGUGAGGAGGAGAUUUCCUCUAUGCUGCUGUUUGUGAAGCACUACAAGCAGGAGGCGCUGGGAGUCGGGGAGGUGGCCCCGCCUGGUGAGGGCGGAGCUCUGAGGGAAGCAGCCAAUCAGAGGGCAGCGAAAGAAGCUACGGAUCGCAGCGACGGCGACAAGAAAGAGGUUCCGGCUCGCCGUGACCAUGGCUCGGCCAAUAGCAGCACCUCCUCCCCCGCCGGUUCCACCAACGGCACAGAUGACGGCACGAAGAAUGAAUAUCGCUGUACCGGUUGCCGUGGCGAGGUCGCCGCGCAGAGUCCAGCUGUUUUCGCGGAGCGCGCCGGUUACCGCGGCGCCCUGUGGCAUCCCACCUGCUUCGUGUGCUCCGAGUGCGGCCAGGCGCUGGUGGACCUGGUCUACUUCUGGGCCAAUCAGAAACUGCUCUGCGGACGACACUACUGUCAGACGGUCUGGCCGCGAUGCUCCGGCUGCGACGAGCUGAUCUUCUGUCAGUCGUUCCUCACGUCUAAAGAUGGACGGACGUGGCACCGUCAACACUUCUGCUGCUGGAAGUGCGGACAAAACCUGGAAACGCCCUGUCAGCACUGAGACACACUCACACAAUAUACGCAUGUAUAUAUAUAUAUAUAUAUAUAUAUACAUAUAUUCUACAAGACGAUCUAGCACUACUCAAAAACAGAAUUACAAGGUGCUUCAGAAACGUUGCAACACUGAAUAAAAAUGUGAGACAAGGCAAAAGAAAUAUUGAAAUUAGUCAAUCACAGUAAUAUCGAUUAUAAGUUGGUUAGCUUGUUUUAAAUAAAAUAAAACAAAUGGUUGAAUACUGCAGAUAAAACAGGGAUAAAGUACACAAAAUGUCCACUUGAUAUAUUUGUGUUUUAACACACUCAGCGGACCUUGACCUACUUCAGACACUUGUUCAGCGGAGCCGACUGGUGUUUCAAGUGCUUACGUGAUCUUUUUUGUUUAAAGUACUCUUCACUCUACACUUUAAAGAGAAACAGUUUGUAGAUUUAUGACAGUUAAAGUGACGGUUUGGAGUGUAGCAGCUCGCAGUGAACACGGAGGAACCGGACCUUCACUUCAUAGGAGACGAGUGAGUAAGUGAACAAAAUAAGAUGUCAAUGUUAAUGAGAAUGAGGGAAUAAAUAAGAUGAACAAAUAAAACGAUUGAGAAAAUGAAUGAAUUAUCAGUUGGAAAGUAAUUGGAUACUUCCCAAGACCACAAGCCUCACUGUCAAUCCCGUCCAUUUAUCUCUGCACUAUUUGGACUUUGUGUUCAAGUGUCAUUUUCAUGAUAAUAAUAAUAAGAAUAAAUUUCAUUUAUAGAGCACUUUUCAUUGCUAAAAGCAAACGUAAAGUGCUACAGAGUAGAAACAAGAUAAAAGAAAUAUGAAAAAUAGGUUUAAAAAGAAAGAAACCGUUACUGUCUUAGUGUUUCUUCUCAAAACAGACUUCUCUUUUUGAAAGUAAAAAGAAAUAAAGGAAAUCCAUUUAGAGGUUCAUUUCUUUAUUUAAGUAAAAAAUAUUUAGAGAGAACAAGAGAGAAGUGUAUGUGGAAAUAGCUUUUACUGUGUAUGAAAAAAAAGGUGGACUAAUACGGUAACUUCUAAAACCUUUAUUUGAAUCUGAAAAUGAUCACUUGAAAUUGCUCUCAAUUCCUAAAAUUUCAGGUUUGAAUUCAUGCAGAUUUGUUGUUGUUAACAUUUAUUUCGAGCAGGUAUAAUCUUUGAUUUGUUUUUGAUCUUAAACCUCAGAGAACUGGACAGGUAGAAGGCUGGAAAAGGCAUAUCACUAAUUAAUAAUUAGCAAUUAAUUGUAACCUAUUUCCUUUUUGUUGUAUAUUGUACUAAUUGUACAAAAGUAAAAGAAAGUGAGAAAGUGUUUUACUACAUUUUCUUCUCUUUUAUUCAACUGUUUGAUGCUUUUGACUUCCUUUUGUGAUUUAAACUCUUUCAUGGAUCUCUGCUGCUGCUGAACGCUGCUUUAUACUAAUUAUAUUCCUUAUUCAGAUUUAUUUUUUGGUAAAACUUUUUUUUUCUGACGAUGGAGUGAAGACAAAAGUUUCUUGCUGCAAAAAUCUCUAAAAACAAGUCAGCAAUUAAUAAACCUUUUACCUAGACAGGUGCUAAUUAGGAUGUCGAAUUCAUUAAUACAAUCAUUAUAUCUUAUAACAUAUAUUUGCUUUAAGUUUUUUUUUAAUUCUUCAUUUGAUUUUUGAAUGAAUUGCUGCUAAAAUGCUAAUUCUUUAAGAAGACAAGGAUAAUAUACUGUUUGAUGUGAUUAGCUUAAUAUGUAGCAUAUCAACAAUACUGUUCAAUACAGUGAUAUCAAAGAUGAGAUUAAGUACGUUAUCAAAUCUAAUUGAAUAUUGAUUCAACUCUAAUCUCUGUACAGCCAGAAUGAAGUGUAUUAAAAAUGAGAUAUGAAUUGUUCCAGAAUAUAAACAAGGAUUUCUUAAAAUCCACUCUGUGAAGAAAUUAUUUUUUUAUUGUGAUGUUCAGAAAUUAAAUUAAGACCAGAAACUGUCAGAUCGCAAUGAUUUGUGCAGCCAGCAUGAUAUGUAAUGUAAUAGCUCAUGUUUUAAAUUAUGAAAUUUGAUGCAGUGUUGAAAACUGACAUCGUUCACGAUAAGGAAUUCCGUUCAUGUCAUGGUUUCCAUGGUGACACAUCGUAAAGACGGUUGUGUGACAACUACAAUUCGGUGUAUUGACGGUAUAUAACACAAAACCAUUAAAUCAGAGUUUUAUUAUGUUGA